AUGUUUAAAUUAGGAUUCAAGACAGGUAUUAGGGCCGCAUAUAACGUCCUGGACAAUCCGUCUUUUGUUGCUGAACCAUGGUAUAUCUAUCCUGCUAAACAUAAAUCAAAUGGAAAAAUUGUGUCAGUGUUUAUAUUUGAUAAAUCCAAAUUUGAAUCUCAAGUACAAAGAUUAUAUUCAUCUUCAUCAAGUAUUAAGAACCCCAAAGUUAUAAUUAAUGAAUCUUAUGAAGUUAUCAAAGCUGAAGUGAAUCAAUUAAGUAAAUUAAAACAUCCACAAUUAUUGACGAUUUUUGAAGUUCUUGAAGAAACUAAAACAAAAUUCUUAUUUGCUAGUGAACCAGUGACAGAUAACUUAUUUACAGUGAAUCAUAGUAGUCUAGAUGAAUUAUCGAUUCAGAAAGGGUUGUUACAGAUUAGUAAAGGGUUGGAAUUCUUACAUAGUCAUUGUUCGAUUAUUCAUUUGAAUAUUCAACCAUCUUCAAUAUUUAUAAAUAAUCAAGGCGAUUGGAAAUUAGCUGGAUUUAGAUUCUUGGAAAAUCUAAGUGAAAUAUCACCGCAAGAAAGGGAGAAUUUCUAUAUUAUGAAUAAUUCAUCCAUGAUCCCAUUUGCAAAUUUGAAUUUGAAUUUCACUGCACCUGAAUUAAUUAUAGAUUCUCAUACAAAAUUAGAUUUUGCAAACGAUAUUUGGUCAUUGGGACAUUUGAUAUAUUAUCUAUAUAAUCAAGACUUAUUGAUAAAUUGCUUUGAUUCAAAUAGUAUUUCCGAUUAUAAACAAGAAUUUAGAAAAUUUGAACAAAAAUUCUAUAAUCAUAAACCAUCUGAAUUAAAAUAUGUCUUGAAAAAUGUUCCAGAAAGAUUAUAUCCAAUAUUCCCACAAUUAUUAGCAAGAUAUCCCGAUGACAGACUUACGUUGAAUAGAUUUAUAGACUCGGACUUCUUUAACGGAAGUAUAAUUAAAGCUAUGUGGUUUAUUGAUGAAUUUUCAACCAAAGCAAUAGACGAGAAAUUGUUGUUUAUGAAUGGAUUAAUGGAUAUCGACCCUAGGACACAAGCAAGUGUGAUUGAACAAUUCCCACCGGCAUAUAGGUCACUGAAAUUAUUGCCGUUAUUGAUAGAUUUAUUAACCAAUGAAUUGAAUGUUUUGAAUGAAUCUACUGGAUUCGAUCCAAAUACAGAAGAAUUGAUUUGUCGAUCCCUUGAUAUCAUCUUAAAUAUUUCCAAAACAUUAUCUCAUUUGACAUUCCAGGAUCGCGUUUUCAGUGUCUUAUUUAAAGACGAUUCGAGAAACAAAAAGGCACCCAAGACAUUUACGAAAUUGGUUACUUCUUCAGUUCGAUGUCGUCUUGCCGUAGUGGACAAUUUGGAAAUUAUUCAAGAGAAAGUGAAUGAUAAAGAAUUUGUGGAUUUGAUUAAGAAAAUGUUGGAUUUGGUAUUGACUACCUCUCCUAAAGAACAAGAGCAGAUCCAAUAUCAGAUCAAACUUCAGGAAACCUUUUUGCGAUUUUUACCUAAAAUAAUUGAAAAAAUCGAGUUCCCAUUUAUAAAGAAUACUUUAUUUCCCAUGUUGUGUCAGGUAUUUAAAACGACUACUAUCUUAUCAACGAAAUUGAUCACCAUAGAAACGUUUGAGAUAUUUGUCGAACGCAAGAUCAUUGAUAAAAUCAUUGUUAAUGAACAAUUAUUUCCAGUGUUGAGAAAUUUGAAGAGUAGAGACAAGAGAAUUGUUGGGAAAGUAUUGGGCUUCUAUUCCAAAUUAAUUCAAAGUGAACAUAUAUCACUUGAUUUAGAAUCGUCAGUUGAAUCAGUAUUACCACAAUGUCUUGCCCUUGCAUUUGGAUGUAAUGAUUGUUCUCAAAUGGAAUUCCAAAACUUCAUAUCAAUUACCGAUAGAAUUCAAAAGCAUUUAAUUGCAAAGAAAGUUUCAUCCUUACCUAAGACAUCGACUUCUCAUAUGUCAGUAUCAAAUGGAAAUGCAAAACCUACCAAUUUUGAAUCACUUUUACAAACUCAAGUUAUACAUGAGAGUCCAAAAGAACUCCCAGGUCCAAAAUCAAUGUCUGUUAUGCAGCCAAUGAGGAAAUCAAAUGACAGUUCAGGAAGCAAUUCUCCAAAAGUAAGCAAUUCACCAGUAUUUCGUAGAUCGAACCAACCUAAUAGAUCAAGCCCACAGCAUACUGCACCAGUGACGUUAAAGCCAAGGUCACGCACUACCACACCAGUGACAUUAAAACCCAUGCAACCGAACAAACCAUCACUGCAACCUGGACUAAAAUUCGGAGCUACGAACCAAGCCACAAAUGCCUCAAACACCAAAUUAUUAAAUGCAUUAAAAAGCACAUUUGAUAGACCCAAUAAUGCUGAUGAUGAUUUUGAUGAUUUCCAACUGGCAGGUAACGAGAGUUCUACAUCCGUCAACUCAAGUCAGUUGAAUUGGCAAACAGAAAUGAACAAAACCAAGGCUACAAACACGUCAGGCUCAACAUAUAACACACAACAGCAUGUUAUGAAUCCGGUCAGAAAUCCGCCAGUGAAUACUAAUAAUGCGAGCUAUCCUCCUGGAUUCAAUUCGAAUAUGAUUUUGGCACCAAAAAGUUCAGGUAGUCCUGCUUUAUCUCAUUCGCAGCCACAGAAACUGCAACAACAGUCGUCUCACGUUAAUCCUGAUUUAUUAAAUCUUCUUUAA